CGCAUUGACCAAUUUUUUGGUAAUUUGUUUUUUUUUGGCAUUGACCAAUUUUGACCGACGUGUUCAUGUUGCCACGGUCUCAUCUUUCACUAUAGCCCUCCUCUCACUCUUCCCUUCUCUGAUUUUCUUCUAUUAAAGCAAGGUUUCCAGAAACUUCAUCCUCUUCAGUAUUAUCUCGUUCGUUUACAAAAAUUGAUUACUGAUGGCGAGCGAUCGAUUUUGGCGGGGCGGCGACCGAGUUGAGGUGGAACGACUCGUUUCCGGCGCGACGGCGUACUUUACGGCUACUGUUGUUAGCGCGCCUUCGGUGAGAAAGAAGCACGUUUGGGUGGAACACGAAGCCCUAACUGUUGGAGGUUCGGCACGUAUGAAGGAGUACGUUAUUCCCUCCCUCCUUCGCCCAUCUCCGCCGCGUGAGCUCAACCGACGGUUCAAAGCUAACGAUGAGGUCGACGUCUUCAGAGACACCGAAGGUUGCUGGGUUAGAGGCACUGUUACGACCGUACUUGGAGAUUCAAGGUACAUUGUGGCGUUUAAAGGGGAAAAUCGUCCAGAAAUAGAGUUUGAUCAGCUCGAUAUGAGGCUGCAUCGUGAAUGGCAAGGUGGUUCGUGGGUUCCCUCUCUUUUUCAACAGAGCAAUGUCUUGGAAUCGACACCUAAAAGUAUUAAACUGAAGAUAAAAAUCAAGAGAAGAGAUCAAUAUGAGAAGGGAGCUCUUGUGGAAGUCAGAAGUGAAGAAGCAGCUUACAAGGGUUCUUGGUAUUGUGCACUUAUACUUUGUUUAUUAGGUGACGAUAAGUACAUUGUUGAACACCUGAACUUUAGUAGAGAUGGUGGUGAGUCGAUCCCUCUGAGAGAUGUUGUAGAAUCCCAGAACAUGAGACCAGUUCCCCCUCCACAAGUUUCGCCUGUUGAGUGCUAUGAACCAGGGGAUGAAGUUGAUGUUUGGUUCAACAAAAGGUGGUGGACCGGUCGUGUUUCCAAAGUUCUCGGAGGAGGUUCCAAGUAUUCAGUUUUUAUCACCUCAAAAGGUGAAGAACCGACAAUCCUAAGUUCCAACUUAAGGCCGCACAAAGAUUGGAUCAAUGGAGAAUGGAGUAAUCCUUCCAAGGCAGAAUGUUACAGACCUCCACUUAAGAAGCUAAAAUCUUGUGAGAGAGCAGAGAAGGUCUUCAACAAUGAAAUGAUGGUGGAAGUUAGAAGCGAUGAACGAGGUUACGAAGGAUCAUGGUUCUCUGCGAAGAUCAUAAGUUACUUAGGGGACAACAGAUACACAGUGGAGUAUCAAACACUAAAAACAGAUGAUGAAGGAGAGUUGUUGAAGGAAGAAGCAAGAGGUUCAGAUAUAAGACCUAUUCCUCCUCCACUGAUUCCAAAGGCAUACAGAUAUAAAUUGUAUGAAGAUGUGGAUGCUUGGUACAAUGAAGGUUGGUGGUCUGGCCGAGUCUAUACGAUAAAUUACAACUACACGAGAUAUGGUGUCUACUUCAAGACGAAUGAUGAGAGAUUGGAGUUUGCUUACAGUGAUCUAAGGCCUUGCCAAGUGUGGAGAAACGGAAAAUGGAGUCAUGCUUAAAUAUGAGACUAUGAGAGUAAGUUGACUAACAGUUACAGCUGUUGAUUUAGAUGAUAAGGGAAAAGUAACUUGUUCAUAAGCAGUAGCACUGUUUUGUUAUAACAAUUCUGAAGCUGGCUGGUGUCGUUAAUUUUAUGACUUCUAGCGAAAGAGGUCAACCGUUACAUUUCUUUUUGUUCUAUGUUUUUGUAGUGAGCUUUUAAUAUUUUUUACAAUUUCAAAUAUUACUGAAAUUCUUGGCUAUAA